CAGUGUCACGUCAAAGCGCCCUGCCCUCCCGACGCUGUCUUACCAGUUUUCUAUCAUCUCCAGGGUUUGACUCCCUUCUGCCGUGUGCUGCUGCUGCUGGUUCUCAGGGACACAUUGAGAAACUGCUGCUAUACCGCUCGCUUUUAAUCGUGACGCUGGAUUUAUUUAUAUUAAUUGUUACCGGCGUCCGGUUGUUAUCAGAAGAUGACUCGUGCAGCUGUGCGCUUUCUCAGGCAAACCCCCGUCAUGAACGCGCACUGACCGCGCUCGCGCUCUCCGUUUCAUUCCGUGUAUCAGAAGCGGUCAACAUUAUUGACCAUGGAAAGCUGAGCCUCGUUCAUUCAUAGACAGAAAACAGUCAACCAAAGGUCAGCCAGAAAAACAAAGGGAUUUUAUUCACGCCACAUUUCGUGUGGUUUUCGACGAGGCCUCGGCCAUGGGUGGAGUCAAGAGUAAACCCAAAGAGCUGGGCCAGCGCUCGCGGAGUCUGGACGACGGCACCGGAGGACACCACCACCACACCCCCAACCCCACCUCCUUCACCCCUAACCGCAGUCCACCGGUGGAGGGGUCCCGGCGCGGCACACAGCCCAACAUCAUAAACGCGGAGCAGGCGCUCUUUGGGGGAGUGAACUCCACCACCAACAGCAUCACAUCUCCUAAUCGAAUCGGCAUAUUAGGCGGCGUGACCACAUUUGUGGCUCUGUAUGACUACGAGUCACGAACCGCCUCCGAUUUGUCAUUCAGGAAAGGAGAACGACUCCAGAUUGUCAAUAACACGAGAAAGUUGAACCCCAGGGAGGGUGACUGGUGGCUAGCGCGAUCACUGACGACAGGAGAGAGCGGAUACAUUCCCAGCAAUUACGUGGCACCGUCUGACUCCAUCCAGGCUGAAGAUCAUCUCAGAUUGACUCUGGAGAAAAGAUGGUACUUCGGAAAAAUCACACGCAGAGACUCUGAGCGACUGCUCUUGAAUCUGGAGAACAGACGAGGAACUUUCCUGGUCAGAGAGAGCGAGACCACCAAAGGUGCCUACUGUCUCUCCGUCCUGGAUUACGACAACGUGAAGGGCCUGAAUGUAAAACAUUAUAAGAUCCGCAAACUGGACAGCGGUGGAUUUUACAUCACGUCCCGCACACAGUUCAGCACAUUACAGCAGCUGGUCAACCACUACCGCCAGCACGCAGACGGCCUGUGCCACUCCCUGACUGACGUGUGUCCAGUGCUGAAGCCUCCGACUCAGGGUCUGGCACGUGAUGCCUGGGAGAUUCCUCGAGACUCGCUGAGACUGGAUGUCAAGCUGGGCCAGGGCUGCUUCGGGGAGGUCUGGAUGGGCACCUGGAACGGGACGACACGUGUGGCCAUCAAGACUCUGAAGCCUGGCACCAUGUCUCCCGAAGCGUUCCUGCAGGAGGCGCAAGUGAUGAAGAAGCUCCGGCAUGAGAAGCUGGUGCAGCUUUACGCCGUCGUCUCAGAGGAGCCCAUUUACAUAGUCACUGAGUACAUGGGUCAAGGAAGCCUGCUGGAUUUCCUGAAAGGUGACAUGGGGAAAAUGCUGCGUUUGCCUCAGCUCGUGGACAUGGCCUCUCAGAUCGCCUCAGGAAUGGCAUACGUGGAGAGAAUGAACUAUGUGCACAGGGACCUCAGGGCUGCCAACAUCCUGGUGGGCGAUAACCUGGUGUGUAAAGUGGCUGAUUUCGGCCUCGCUCGACUCAUUGAGGACAACGAAUACACCGCGAGACAAGGAGCAAAGUUUCCUAUUAAGUGGACUGCACCGGAGGCAGCUCUGUACGGACGCUUCACCAUCAAAUCUGACGUGUGGUCGUUUGGGAUUUUACUGACGGAGCUCACCACCAAAGGCAGGGUGCCUUAUCCAGGUAUGGUGAACCGCGAGGUGCUUGACCAGGUGGAGCGUGGCUACAGGAUGCCCUGCCCGGCCGAAUGCCCUGACUCCCUGCACGAGCUCAUGCUGACCUGCUGGCGCAAAGAGCCCGAAGAGCGGCCCACAUUCGAGUACCUGCAGGGUUUCCUGGAGGACUACUUCACCUCCACCGAACCACAAUACCAACCCGGAGAAAACCUCUAGGCCAAAGAGGAAAUACACGUGCUUUAACCCAAACAACACCAAUCAAUAUGGGGGGGAAAAAAAACGAGAGGGUAUCCAGCAGUAUUAGACUACAUGCUCUGUCAUUUUCAUGCAUGUCUAUUUUGUUUCUGCAUCUUUUCUCCAUCAGAUGCAUUGAUCUUCAGCUGCGUUUCUUGACCUCGUUGUACAAACUAAACCCUUUUAGCGGAUGCUCCAGAUCUGUCAUUCAUCCUCCUCCUCCUCUUCCCACAAUCCUUCUUCUGUCCUCUCCCUUCCCCCUCCUUCAAAGCAUCGGUUCAUCAUUCACGAACUCUACGACCCCGUUCAAGAGCUCUGAUGGAUGAGAUGUGAUGUUGGAUAAUGAACGGACAGGUCCCGUUUUAUGUCUUCCAAUAGAUAUCCAGGGUCUGCAUCUGAACGCUAUUAUGCCUUUUACUGUCAUUAUGAGUGUUUAUUUACCUUUUUAUCAACCUGGAUUAACUGGAACAAAAAGAUGAGUGGUCACGAAGAAAUUCGUUCAUACUGAAAAUUCUUCCUUUUGAUUGUGAACAAUGGGAAGACGUUCGUUUGACACGGUUAUCCUACUCUUCUAGUAAUCGAAACAACUACUGAUAUAAAUAUAUAUAAAUAAGCAUCGUUUGACUGUAUAGUCCUACUUUGUGUGCCAAUACAAAGGAGAAAAGAACAAAAAAAAAACAACAAAUAAAUUUUUGUACUGUUUUAUUAUGUAUAAAAUGUAUUUUUAUUAAUGUCAUUUUUUUGUACUGAAGACGACGAGCGGGAUUUGUAAUUAGGGGGUAGUUCAGUGAAAAAUUAAACAUCUGUCGUUUGCUAACCCUUAUGUUAUUCCAAACCCACGUGAAACACAAAAGGAGACGUUUAGCUGAAUGUUCAUGCUGCUCUAUACCACACACAACAGUUUUACAUGUAAUGCAUGGGGGAAAUGUACGCUAGAUGUCUAUUUUUGUAUUGUUCAGUGAAAAUAAUUGCAUCAACGUUUGGAAUGACAUAAGGGCGAGUGAAUCAUGGCACACUUUAAUUUUUUUAUACUGCAAAAAUGAGGUUUUGUUUUGUUAAUCACUAUUUUUUUUAAGUACAAACAACUAAACCUAUUUAAACUGAUAUGCAACUACUCGAGAAGCAAAUAAAUAUAUGAAAUGGUCUUGUUUUUAUUUUAAGUUUCUCAAAAUUAAAGGAACAAUCCAGUUUUUGGAGGGCUCAUUUUACUAUAGAGUUAAAGCAGAGUUUUGCCAUUUUUGAGCACGUUUAGCUUAGCUUAGCAUUAAUCAUUGAAUCGGAUUAGACCAUUAGCAUCUCAAAAAAAUCAAAAAAGAGUUGAGAUGAAUUAUGCAUUUAAAGCUUAACGAAAUUGUUGUAAAAGGUAAGCUGGCGGGUCUUGUUUUUUUUAAGUUUCUUAAAAUUAAAGAAAUAAUAGACUUUUUGGGGGGACAUAGACUCAUAUUACUACUCCUUUAGAGUUAAACGGUUGAGUUUUACCAUUUUUGAGCACAUUUAGCUUAGCUUAGCAUAAAUCAUUAAAUCAGAUUAGACCAUUAGCAUCUCAAAAAUAAAAUUUAAAAAAGAUUAAAUUGGGCAUUCAAAGCUUGAUAAAAUUGGUUUUCUUUUUGAGCGAGUCUUAUUUUUUUUUAAGAUUCUCAAAAUUAAUGAACAAUCCACUUUUUUGGUGGGGAAAUAGGCUCAUUUUACUACUCCUCUAGAGGUAAACAGUUGAGUUUUAGAUUUUUUGAGCAUGUUUUAGCUUAGCUUAGCGUAAAUCAUUGAAUCAGAUUAGACUAUUAGCAUCUAAAAAAUAAAAAGAGAUUAGAUUAAUUUUGUAUUUAAAGCAUAAUGAAAUUGUUGUAAAAGAUGAGUUUGGCUUUAAAUAGGUUUUCUUUUUGAGCAAGUCUUAUUUUAUUAAAAAAAUUCUCAAAAUUAAUAGAACAAUCCAUUUUUUAGGGAAAUAAGAUUAUUUUACAACUCCUCAAGAGGUAAACAGUUGAGUUUUACCAUUUUUGAGCACAUUUAGCUUAGCAUAAAUCAUUGAGUCAGAUUAGACCAUUAGUGUCUCAAAAAAAAAAAACAAUUGAUCAAUUUUGCAUUUAAAGCUUAACGAAAUUGUUGUAAAAGAUGAGCUGAGAUUUAAAUUUUUUUUUUUUUUUUGAGCAAUAUGCUAAUGGUCUAAUCCUAUUCAGUGAUUUAUGCUAAGCUAAGCUAAAAGUGCUCUUGCCAGACCCGGAGAUUGGCUGAAUUAAUUUAAAAACUCUAGUUGACUUUCCCAAAACAGUUUGAGUGUUCCGUUAAAUGAUUUAAUGCUUAAAACAAGAGACAACAUCUGCCAAAAAUUUUAAAAUUUAAUUUUUUUUUCUGGUUACACUGGCAGUAUGUAUAAUUUAGCAUAAACAACUAAUUUGGAUCAGGAUUUUUUUUGAAGAAGAAGAAGAACAAGACUAAAUCAUGUAAUUCUGCUUCUAAAGUAAACAUAUCUUGGUUUAAAUAAAUGUUUGAAGAUUUGUACUGGAAAAUGAGACAAUAACACUGAGUAUAAAAUAUUUUGUGUAUAGAUGAACUAUUGCUUUUCUCACUCAUGAAUAUUGUUCAAACGUUUUACCUGACUCCUCGAAGCGUCUUAAAUGCUUAAAGUUAGUAGGUUUUAUUUUGUUUAGUUUUUUUGAGACAAGUUCUGCCAAAUGCAGUUAAAAUUGCCAAUAUGUUUUAUGCAAAUUAGCCAUCAUUAUAUAAUCAGAUGAGAAGAGGGAGCUGAGUACUACUACUUUCACCAAUCAGAUCCACAGAAGGUCAAUAAUCUAGUCUGUGUAUGCUUUAGAAACCCGUAUUAGGUCAGCUACUCAACACUUAGUGAUGUUUGAGAUGCUGAAUGAAUAAUAUAAUCACUGCUGAGACAAUGUAGAAUGAUAUAGAUUGGAAUUCUAGGGAUGUUUGUACUGAAAUAAUGAUGGUUGCAUCGGAACUGAAAGUCCUGAUGAGUGUUUUAGAAAGGCAUGCAGCUGUAAUCGCGGUACUUUAGCCGGUAGAUGUGUGACACAUGUCCAUAUACUGUAAAUACUUGGUUACUGUAAAUAUUCUUUUUCAUAUUUAUUCAUGUUUCCUCAGUUGGUGAUCAGCAGAGCUUUGCUUGUUUUUCAUCGCAAACUAAAUUUCGCAACGCAGAUUGUUUUUAUAAAAGAAAGGAAACUGAAAUGUAAUGCAAUUGCUUUUUAAAGCUUCAUGGAGAAGCAGCCAAUCAGAACAAAUGACAAAUCUUUUAGUCCUCAUGUAUUUGUGUAUGUUAAAAAUACAAAUCUGUGGAAGACAAUGGGUUUCACACGAUCGAUUUGUGUUAGGACAACAUAAAGGAAUUAAGGCAGCUUACUAGUUUUUACAAAUGUAGGUUGAUUCAAUUUUAAACUAUUAAUGAUGUCAGGAAUCAGAUGUCAUUUAACCCAAAAUUCAACAUUUUUAAACUAAUAAAUGUCUCCAAAUUCUGAUAUAUGAUCACAGAAUUGCUGUAUUUUAACUCAUAAUUGCAAGAUAUAAACUUGUAAUUGUGGAAAAGUUGCAAUUGUGUGAUGUAAACUUGCCAUUCAAGCUUUUUUCCUUGACUGAGACUUUACAUCUCACAAUUAAUUUCCACAAUAGACUCAGAAUUACGAGAUAUAAACCUGCAUUCUUCAUGUACAUUUGAGUUUAUGAUCGAUUUAUAAUAGAAUCAAUUUAUCUUCUAGUUUGCACCGCACAAUUUUGUGGUUUUAUAUCUUACAGUUUUGAAGGAAAAAGUCAGAAUUACAAGAUAUAAAACCACAAAGUUGUGCGGUGCAAACUAGAAGAAACUUUUAAAUUGUGAGAUAUAAACUCACACUGUAAAAAACGCUGGGUUCCACACAAUGUCUUCAUGUUGUCCCAACAAAAUCGAAUAACAAAGUUAUCUUAAUAUUUUUUUUAAAAACUGAAGUGGAUUCAACACAAAACAAUUAAGUUGUCCCCCAAAAAACCUUAAGAACUCAUUUUAAAUGAGUAGUUUGAAGAAGCCACGGAAGUUAUUUUUUGAGGUCAAAAAUAAGAAAAAAAAAUAUCGUAAGACACAGAUUUAAAUAAAAUGUGUUGAAAACUAAAUACAAACUUGCAAUUCUGAGAAGAAAACAAUGUUAGACAAAAAGACACAAUUACAAAAUAAAAGUCACAACUGAUAAAAUCACGAACACUAAACUCAAAAUUCAUACAUUUUCUAGCUAAUUCUUUUAGUGAAAUUUGCCAGAUACACUCUAAAUAUAUACAUAUUUCACAGUUUUUGAGUCCAAACUGGAUGCAAAAAGUCAAAAUAAACUUUGUUUUUAUUCUUUGAUUGAAUAUUAAUAAUAAUAAAUCUUAGUUUUGGUUACAGUAACAUAAUCACCUGAAUGAAUCUUUCUGCAGACUCUCAUCACUCAAUAUUUAGCAUUAUUAUUUUUAAUUCUGCAAACUUGCAAUAAAUCUGCAGUUGAUUUGAACUGAAAAAAAAGUUGACUCAACUUAAAAUUGUGAGGCUACUUGCUGCACAGCUUUUCUUUGUGUUAGCUCUACUUUUAACCCAAGUAUCGAUCAAGAAUAGCUUUUUGAGUCAACUCAACUUUAAUAAAGCCUUGGGUUAAAAGUUGAGUCGACACACACACAAAAAAAAAACCUGUGCAGUUUUAAGUUAACAUUUUUUUAAAUGUACCACACUGCAAAUAAACUGCACUGUAUGCAUUUCUCAGAUCAUAAAUUGACUUACUGCAGGAGAUUUGAUGGUUGAUGGAUGACGGCAGGUUUAUGGUCCUUGAUGAAAUGAUGAAUCGUGUGUUUAAGAACUGGAAAAAGAAAAGUCAGCAGAAAUCAAAUCAGAUCUACAAGUAAACACAUUAUUAGUGCAUCCCCAUCUAAUGCGUUCAAACUAUGCAGUUGUUUUCUAUGAGCUUUGUGGAUAUUUUAACUGCAGUUGCUCACAAUUGAUUUCCAAUGUACAAUACUGCAAUGCCCCCUUUCAAACUAUUUGAAAUAACACUGAAAUUCAAUUUGUACUUUAAAAAUGUAUGACAUGGUGUUAUCUUUUUUUUUUUAAGUGCAAUAAACUUUGUUUCUAAAAGCUCAAA